GAGGACCCCGAGACAGGCGCUCCUCCGCCGGUCUCCUCCCCCACCUCCCCGCGGCUCGCGGCGCGGCCAUCCCACCCCACCCCCGACCACUGACACCGCACCUCGCCCGCCACCCCCGGCCACUGCCACCACCGCCUUUGACUCGUUGACCGACAAGUGAGCGCCGCGCGCCAUGGAAGUGCGCCGCAAGGUGGGCCCCGGCUCCGCCGCGACGCCGGCGGCCCGCCACCCGCAGCCGCCGCCGCCGCCGCCCCGGGCGGCCAGGGUCCAGGCCGGUGACGCGCUGCCGCUGCCGAUCCGGCACACCAACCUCAUCUUCUCGGCCCUGUUCGCGGCGUCGCUCGCCUACCUCAUGCGCCGGUGGCGCGAGAAGAUCCGCAACUCCACGCCGCUCCACGCCGUGGGGCUCGCCGAGAUGCUCGCCAUCUUCGGCCUCAUCGCCUCGCUCAUCUACCUCCUCAGCUUCUUCGGCAUCGCAUUCGUGCAGUCCAUCGUCUCCUCCAGCGACGAGGACGAGGAUUUCCUGGGCGUCGGGUCCGGGGCUCCCGCUCCUCCUCCCGUCGCCGCGCCCGCCCGCCAGGCGCCCGCGCCGGCCCCGUGCGCGCUGCUGGGGAACCCCGCCGCCGCGCCCGAGAAAAUGCCGGAAGAGGACGAGGAGAUCGUCGCCUCGGUCGUCGCCGGGAAGAUCCCCUCCUACGUGCUCGAGACCAGGCUCGGGGACUGCCGCCGCGCCGCGGGCAUCCGGCGAGAGGCGGUGCGGCGGAUCACGGGCAGGGAGAUCGAGGGGCUCCCGCUCGACGGCUUCGACUACGCCUCCAUCCUCGGCCAGUGCUGCGAGCUGCCGGUCGGCUACGUGCAGCUGCCGGUGGGCAUCGCUGGGCCGCUCCUGCUCGACGGCCAGAGGUUCUAUGUGCCCAUGGCAACCACCGAGGGGUGCCUCGUCGCCAGCACCAACCGCGGCUGCAAGGCCAUCGCGGAGUCAGGCGGCGCCAACAGCGUCGUGCUCCGCGACGGGAUGACCCGCGCACCCGUCGCCCGCCUCCCCACCGCGCGCCGCGCUGCCGAGGUCAGGGCAUUCCUGGAGGACCCUGCCAAUUUCGAGACGCUCUCCAUGGUUUUCAACAGGUCAAGCAGGUUCGCAAGGCUGAAGAGCGUGCAGUGCGCGAUGGCGGGAAGGAACCUGUACAUGAGAUUCACCUGCAGCACAGGGGACGCCAUGGGGAUGAACAUGAUCUCAAAGGGCGUGCAGAAUGUGUUGGAUUUCCUUCAGGAUGACUUCCCUGACAUGGACGUCAUCAGCAUCUCAGGUAACUUUUGCUCUGACAAGAAGCCAGCUGCUGUGAAUUGGAUUGAAGGACGUGGGAAGUCUGUGGUUUGUGAGGCGGUAAUCAAGGAAGAAGUGGUGAAAAAGGUUCUAAAGACCAAUGUACAGUCACUAGUUGAGCUGAACACGAUCAAGAAUCUUGCUGGCUCUGCUAUUGCUGGAGCUCUUGGAGGUUUCAACGCUCAUGCCAGCAAUAUUGUGACAGCCAUCUUCAUUGCCACUGGCCAGGAUCCCGCACAGAAUGUAGAAAGCUCUCACUGCAUCACAAUGCUGGAACCCAUAAAUGAUGGAAGAGAUCUUCACAUCUCUGUCACCAUGCCGUCUAUUGAGGUGGGCACAGUUGGGGGAGGGACUCAGCUGGCGUCCCAGUCAGCGUGCCUUGACCUCCUCGGGGUGAAAGGCGCAAACAGGGACUCCCCCGGAGCAAACGCGAGGCUCCUGGCCACCGUGGUGGCUGGCGGGGUUCUCGCUGGGGAGCUAUCUCUCCUGUCCGCACUCGCGGCCGGCCAGCUUGUGAAGAGCCACAUGAAGUACAACAGAUCCAUCAAGGACAUGUCCAAGGCCGUGCCUUGAUCCGAGAUUUGGAUCGUUUCAGGGGGACGGACGGAUCCGGAGAGUGAAAACACCCUCGAAUAAGUUUUUCAUGUCCCGUGGAAGCGCAGAGGUUGGGGAGGGACUUGGGGGCAUGGACAGGGCUGAGGUUGUUCAACGCUGGCCUGGUCACUUUCUCAAGAGCCAAAGAAGGAUUCGCCAUCGACAUCAAGUGAGUUGCGAAAAGUUUGCAUCAAGCGAAACCGUCAAGAUUGCGAAUUGGCCAGGUCCUUGUUCAGGAGUUUGACCCAUUUGUUUCUUGGUGCCAGCCGUGGCCGGCCAGCUCAACUCAGCCAUGGACACCGGCCGUCGUCGUCCUCUGCGUCUGCGCGCUGACACUGGAGAGGCGAGCUAACCCUCAUGUUUCGUGUUCAUAAAGCUUUGAUUACCUUGUUGCAGAAAAGAAAGUAGUGUUGUUGUAGCCUUGUAGUUGUAGGUCCUUGUAGAUCUCUCUCUCCCUCGUUGCUUCAGAAGCAGCAGCAGCUCGUGAACCUUUUUCUGUUCUCCUUUUCAGCUCUGUAACUAUUUCUUUUCUUUGCUUCGCGUUGUUCGAUCCGAUUUCUUAAUCGAAUGCUCUGGAAAUUCGGUGAUGUAGUGGUUGUCAAAAAAACAAGGCAUGUCCA